UCAUUCGUGUGAUGUGAGCAGUGCGGUUUCAUUUUGUGAAAUCUUAAUAAAAUAAUCAAUGCGAUGAGGUAGCACCGGUUAAUACAUAAUUUAAUCAACAUCUAAGUAAUAUGCCUUAAGGCUUUUGUGUUAUUCGAGGUCAAUAAGUUUUUACGGCAGUAUCGAACAUGAACAAUGCCAUCGUCGCCUGUGACGAAUAUGAAGUCAUUGGUGAAGGGCAAUGGCAGACUUUAGAGAACAGUGGUGAUGAGCAAGUUAUCAAAAUAUAUGGCUUCAAAUAUUCCAAAGUUAGAGCCAUCAUAUUCCACAGCACAUGCAUUUUACUAUGUGGACUGCCAUAUUUUGCUCUCUCCUACUAUCAAUCCUACAACAGACUCAAAUACAUAAAAUGCAGUUUGAAAACGGCUGAAUACAUUUGUGUUACCGACGCCGAUGGCUUGUUCAAAAUAGAAGAAGUAAAAGAAAUUGACCUGAACCUUUCGAACCAAAAAGACAAUAAGUUGCGAUUUUUUAUUUAUCAACACACCCGCUUCAUUUGGAUGCACGAACAAGGAACUUUCAUCAAUGUUUUGGCGCUUAACGAGAAGCUUACUCUCAGUUUGUUGAUGGAAGGUGCAAAUGGUAUAAACAAACGUCAGCAAAAUGAAUUGAUCAAGUUAUAUGGAACCAAUUCAGUGGAAGUUGAAGUUAAAAGCUACUGGACACUGUUUGUGGAUGAAGUCUUCAACCCGUUUUAUUUGUUCCAAGUAUUUUCCAUAAUCCUCUGGUCACUGGAUGAAUACUAUCAAUAUGCAUCAUGCGUUUUCUUAUUGUCUACUAUAUCUUGCAUGAUGGCAUUAUACCAGACAAAACAGAUGAGCAUCAACUUGCACAAAAUGGCGGGCUCUACGAGCGCGUUCACCGUGACAGUUCUGCGUCCGUCACGCGGCACGCGCGAGGAGUGCGUCGUCAACGCCAGUCGGCUGGUGCCUGGUGAUGUGCUGGUGUUGCCACCUGACGGCUGCGUCAUGCCCUGCGACGCCAUGAUGCUGACGGGAAACGUCAUUGUCAACGAAAGCAUGCUCACUGGUGAAAGUGUACCUGUAAUGAAGGGUCCCCCUUGCGCGACGGCGGAGGUAUACUCAACCGAGUUACACAAAAGAUAUACACUAUUUGCUGGCACGCACGUCAUCCAAACGCGAUUCUAUGGCAAUAAUCAGGUUCUAGCAAAAGUUGUCCGAACAGGCUUUUACACGGCGAAGGGAGAACUCAUCAAGAGCAUUCUGUUCCCCAAACAAUUGGGCUUCCAGUUCUAUAAUGACGCAGUGAAAUUCGUCAUGUUCAUGUUCUGUAUUGCCGCUGUUGGGAUGGCCUAUUCUAUUUGGCUGUAUGUUUUAAGAGGGAGUCCAGUCGGCACAAUAAUCCUUCGAACACUCGACAUCAUAACAAUCGUGGUCCCGCCAGCCUUGCCGGCCGCCAUGACAGCUGGCAUAGUGUACAGCCAACAGCGCCUGCGCAAAAACAAGAUAUUCUGUGUGUCCCCGCCCCGGAUUAUCAUGUGUGGGAAAUUGCAAGUCAUGUGCUUUGACAAGACUGGAACCCUAACCGAAGAUGGCUUGGAUUUUUACUCAGUAAUACCAGUGCAAGCCGAAGAGAAGUUUGGCCAGUGUGUGGUGGACGUCAACAACUUGCCAGCUAAAAGCCCUCUGGUCCAAGCCCUUGCCUCUUGCCACUCGCUCACCAGCAUUCAAGGACAACUAAAGGGAGAUCCGCUUGACCUGAAAAUGUUCGAAUUCACGCAAUGGGUACUCGAGGAGCCGGGGCCCGAGAACACUCGGUUCGACAACCUGACGCCCGCUAUAGUGAAGCCGGCCACCUCCCAGGAUGCUGACUUACAGAAUGUGGACUAUGACCCGUUUACUAUGGAGGUUCCUUAUGAGAUCGGUCUGCUGCGGCGUUUCCACUUCUCGUCGUCCCAACAGUCGAUGGGCGUCAUCGCUCGAGUCCUCGGGCAGCCGCAAAUGGUGUACUUCGUCAAGGGUGCACCGGAAAAGGUUGCCAGUAUGUGUAAGCCCGAAUCCCUGCCCGAGAACUUUAGUUCUGUGUUAAACGAAUACACGUCAAACGGGUUUCGUGUAAUCGGCCUCGCCCACAAAAAGCUGGACCGCAAAAUGAAGUGGGUGGACGCUCAAAGGAUCAAAAGGGAGGCGCUUGAGUGCGAAAUGAGUUUCCUAGGCUUUCUAGUCAUGCAAAAUAGCCUGAAACCAGAGACCACUCAAGUUAUUAGAGAACUGCACGAUGCAGGAAUCAAGCAGAUAAUGGUGACUGGGGACAACAUAAUGACGGCAAUGUCGGUAGCGCGGGGUUGUUAUAUGGUUCAGCCGCACCAAAAGCUGGUUUUGAUCACAGUCGGACAUCAGCAAACUGACCAUUCUAGACCACCUCUCAACAUGGAGGUGGUUGGUGAAGGCUGCCCCCCAAAAAUGUCUAUGGAUGCGUAUGUUCUCGCGAUGGAAGGCAAAACCUGGACUGUUAUUAGGGCCCAUUAUCCUGAACUCUUACCGGCUGUGUUGAGCAAAGGUCUGGUAUUCGGGCGCUUCGGGCCGGAUCAAAAGACCCAACUCAUCACGGCGCUGCAGGGCGAGGGUCUCAUCGUGGGCAUGUGCGGCGACGGCGCCAACGACUGCGGCGCGCUCAAGGCCGCGCACGUCGGCAUCUCGCUCUCCGAGGCCGACGCGUCAGUGGCUGCGCCGUUCACGUCUCAAGUGCAGAACAUCAGCUGCGUCAAGCUUUUGGCGCUGGAAGGCCGGUGUGCUCUCAGCACGUCCUUCGCCAUAUUCAAGUAUAUGGCUCUCUAUUCGCUUAUACAGUUCUUCUCUAUUCUCAUUUUGUAUAAUUUCUACUCCAUCCUGGGCAACAACCAGUUCCUGUACAUCGACCUGGUGCUGACGACGCUGCUGGCUCUCUCGCUCGGGCGCGCGCGGCCCGGGCCCGUGCUCACGCGCCGCUCCCCGCCCGUGUCGCUCGUCGCGCUGCCCAGCAUCCUGCCGCUCAUCCUGCAGGUAUCGUUGGUGCUAGUCAUGCAGCUGGCACCGAUCUACCUGCUCUACGCGCAGCCUUGGUUUGUGCCAGUCGUUGGGGGUCCAGAAGUGGAAGAAGUUAGAUGCUGGGAGAACACAGUGAUAUUUAUAAUUUCAUCGUUCCAGUAUUUGAUAAUGGCGUGCGUGUACGCUAAAGGAUGGCCGUUCCGUCAGCCUUUCUUUAAUAAUUACGCAAUGGUGAUAACAUUGCUGAGCCAGGCCGUGUUCGUGGUGAUGCUUCUUCUGUGCCCGUGGCAGUGGGCGGCGCGCCAGAUGGAGGUGGUGGAGGCGGCGCCCGGCAACGCGCCGCAGACCAUGUUCCGCGUCUACCUGCUCAUCAUACCCGUCAUACACCUUAUCUUGGCUAUAGGGAUAGAGGCAACACUAUCGGACACCGAGAAGUUCCGAACUCUGUUCAAAAUGGUGCGACGGCGCUGCGCCGACGUCGAGGAGCCGCCGCUCGAGGCCGCCUGCCCGCUGUGGGCGCCGCGCGAGCCCGCGCACGUCUGCUGACUGGUACGAGGCACUUUACGAGACGAACGGCUCUUACGGCUCUGGGCCCGAUUCUGAGACGUCAGUACUUGUAAUAAAGUCCACUAUAGCUUACUUCUUGAUGUAAUGGGACGGUGACUACCAUUGAGGUCGCAAUCGGGGAUUGGAUACCAACUCAACAGGCAAAUGAAAUUAUUUUCUGUGAAAUUACCAGGGUUCGAAAGGAUAAUUAUCGUGAUAGUAACCGAUGGAUAAUUAAAUUAUCGGUUGAUAAAAACAAAAAAAAUGCGCACGUGAAAAUGACCAGUAUUCGAAGUUUUCGAACGUGUAUUUCCGCACUUGCGUCUAGUGGUGGGCGUUAAUCUACAUAGAUAGUUGUAUAUAAAACCUAUCUAUUUAGCUCCAAAAUGUAAUAUUUCUUAUAAAUCCGAUAUUUAUCAUGAAGCGUAAUUAUCUUGAUAAUUUCGCACCCUGGAAAUUACGCAUGUUUGAAGUCCUGAAGCUCCUGUUUUCUAAUGGCAACUGACCAAAAAAUUAAUAACAAACCAGCUUUUGAUAAAUAAUUUAAUUUCGACGUUAUGAUUUUUGGAGUCCAAUCCCCAAUUUAUAUGUCGUGACCUAAUCCGUCACAGCAAACUUGAGGCUGACGUGACUCAAUUGGAUCGGAUUUUGGCCAAUUGAAUCUUGGAACUGUUAUAACUAUAUUAAGAAAUGGCGCCAACCAAAUCAUAGAAGUCUCAAAGAUAGGUAUACGUAUUAAUUGGUGCUGUCCUAUUUUAUAGAAGGAAAGAUAUAGACUGACUUUAGACAUGGAAAAUAUCUUGGAAUCGGGCCCUAUAAGUUGACGACAAAUUAAUAUGCUUGGCAAUGUGUUAUAGAGUAAUCUAAGCUAUUCUAUUGUACCAGUUUUAACUUAAAACUUUCCUAAUCUUCCCAAAGAAUGAUCAUUUUCUAAGAAAAAAUAUACUUAGCACGUUUUUAAAAAUUUAGUUUAGAAUAAAAACUGUUACAACAGAAUUCACAUUUAUUAUCAUUUGAGCAAUACUGUUGGCAUGUAAGUAACACAUUGUCAAAUAUAUUCAUUAUUUAUACACACCGUAACGACAUUCAAUGGAAAAUGUAGGAAGAAUGUCUCUAAGAAUAUGGGAUAACCCUUAUUCGCUACCUAAUACGAGGCAGUAUCAUCUAGUGAUAUGUGUGAUUAGUGAGAUAGUUUUAGACGAUUGAUCGCCGCCAAGCAACUUAAUGUGACCAAAAAUAUGUGUUAGUGAAUAUGUCAUGUCAUCUAUAGGAAAAUAAAUCUCGCAACCUACCAGUGUACACAUGCUUCUAAACAAUGUAACAUUCGUUGUCGAUUUCGUUUCUAUUACAUUUUUUACUGUAACGUAAAGUGUUCAUGAAAUUAAAUAUGUCAAUAAUGUUACUUGUCUAGAAAUAUUGUUUAGCUCAUGCCGUAACUAGCAAUCAAUUUUAUUGUAACAUUGAUCAUUCAAUCAAUUGUAACAUUGAUAAUUAUUUACCAACGUGUUGUUAACUGGUAAAUAUUGCAGGUAUUAUGUUUGCA